AUGGAUUCGAGCUCCUCCAUUCUUUCUCAGGCGUUGGCACAAUAUCGGCAGACCAUUCACCGGUAUAACGAACAUUCAUGGUCCGCUCUAUCCGACGGAGACCUGCAAUGGCUGGUCGAUGGCCCGACCUCUCGCGACGAAAUAGCCAUCACAGACGGCACCCGGCCACCUCCGGCAGAUCCAACCGCUCACCUACAUCGGCUGAAAUUGAAGCUACUCGAAAUUGCAUCCCCCGAUAUCUCCGAAUUGGAUCUGCCAUCCGAUUAUAUCGAGUUGAUGUCUAUCACGGACGGGUUGGAUAUCGAAGGGCUUCCCUUUGAACGUCACGAGCGGACCCUGGUGGCUUCCGCAGAACAAACCGAGCAAACCCUGAGACUUGAUCCUUCUACUGUUAUGGGUCGUACAUGGAUAGCAAUGGGUCUCGCCUAUGGUGCUCGAGAAGAUUUAGCCCUUCUCAGGGAAAUGGUAAGGUACAAGGGCCUGGAUGUCGGCACCCCAUGGCGAUGUGGCGGCGGAAGCGGUGAGGGUUUAGAUAUCUUCUACGCAUAUGUGCGACCCACGGAUGGAGACUACUCGUGGAAAGUGGUAUGGUGCGGUCAUGGUGAUACUCCGGUGAUAUUCAACAGUCUAGCGGAUCUGGUGAGUUGGUAUGGCGCCAGCGUUAACAGUCUGCUUAGUGGAUAG